AUGACUAUGUUUCCGGGAGAAGGGGACGAUGAGGUACAUGAAUAUCUACCCGGAGAGGUGGCAGUCGCGGAUGCUGACAAACCGUGGACCAUGUUUUUUGAUGGGUCAUCAUAUGGUACCGUCGGAGGAUCAGGUGUAGUGUUUGAAUCCCCACAAGGCGAGUUACCAUCGUACUCGUCUAAACUGGAUUUCCCGUGCAGUAAUAACGUCGCUGAGUAUGAAGCGUUAAUCCUGGGACUCCAAAUGGCAAAGGAACUUAACCUAGGGAGCAUGGAAGUCAAAGGCGAUUCAAAGCUUGUGAUAAACCAAGUAAAUGGCCAUUUUUACGUCAAAGAAUCACACCUGGCACCCUACCGUGCAGAGGCUCAAAGGUUGAUGAACCAAACAAAGUCGACACUAGACCAUACCGGAAGAGACGGGAAUAAACACGUGACGCCUUAG